AGACGCGCAGUUGGCAAAUGUCGGCUGCGCGAAGCUACCGGCGCGCCCACCAGCUGGCUCGGCCGGCGGCGCUCUGCGCCUUGAAGUCCGCGCCUCGCCUGCCGGCCAGCUCUCCGGUGCAGAGGUCGGCGUCGGCCGCUCGCGCACUCUGCGUGCAGGCCCCCGGCGGCGGCAGCUCCCGGGAGAAGAACAUGUGGGACGGAGGUGGCGAGGCCACUGGGGUGACGCCGUCUUCGCCCAACUAUGGCGGCCCCUCUGCCGCCGCGGAGCGCUUCGCGGUCGAGUCGACCGCCACAGCCACCGCACUGCAGAACGACAAGCCGCCGCCCUCGCUGAGCAUUGACCUCCCAGAGAACUGGUGGCACGGCUCGGCGGACGCGCCGCCGCCGGAGCACUCCGACAUGGGGACGCGGACAAAAAAGUCUCGCAGCCCUACCAGCCCCCCACAAUGUUGUCAGGGUCUCCAGCUAGCUGCCGCCCCUCCCGCGGGCCAAAAACCCUUGACGCUCAUCCCUCUGCACACCUCCUACACGACGCAGUUCAGCAGGCUGUCAUGCAAUGGGGCUAUGGCGACGAGAGCUCUUCGAGGCGUGGAAGAGACGGCGAGAUACGGCGAAAGGACUUGAGCCGCGGGGAGGU